GUAAGAAAGGACGUACAAGACGUGCGCGCGGGCCUAGCAUAUCAAGGUAAAGAGCUUGGCACACUCGUGUCUGCUCUUUGCCUGUCAAAUAAAUUCACUAUUGAUCCAAUGGAACGUACGAAUGUCCCGUAGUUAUUGUCCCAUUAAUCGAGUUAUAAUUAAUCAAAUAAAAGUGCACGUGUGUGUCGUUACACGUGUGUGUUGUAUCAAUGUUUAUAGUGUUAAGUGAAAUUUGAGUGUUCCUUACAAGAACAAUGUGUGUGACAACGCCACUAAGCGCCACUAAGAUACUCAAGGAUACAUCGCGUGGGACUGUUACGAGAACUAUUUCGACAACGUCGGUCCCUUUAACAUCACCAACAACCGCAAUAACAAUGAUGGCACCUGGCAAUGGCGUUGACUCGAGGCCCCAACACACCUCUAUCAUGAUGGUGCGCAUGAUCGGUGAUGAAUUUCUCACCGAAGAAAGAGAUAGAAAAUAUUACGCUGAUCGCUAUACAUGUUGUCCACCUCCGCUUUUUAUUAUCCUCAUUACCCUAGUCGAGUUGGGCUUCUUUACGUACUACACAGUUGCUAUGGGUGAGGUAAAUCCUUCAGGACCGGUUCCAAUAGACAGUGUAUUUAUUUAUCGACCAGAUAAGCGAUUGGAACUUUGGAGGUUUGCUUUCUACAUGUUUCUUCAUGCAGGAUGGCUACACCUGCUAUUUAACCUAGGGGUACAGGUGGUCGUGGGACUUCCCCUUGAAAUGGUUCAUGGGAGUUUGAGGAUCGCAGCAGUUUACAUGGCUGGCGUUCUAGCUGGUUCACUAGGCACGUCAGUUUUUGACACGGAUGUCUAUCUAGUUGGUGCAAGUGGAGGAGUUUAUGCACUUUUAGCAGCCCAUCUUGCAAAUGUCUUGUUGAAUUACAAUAAUAUGGAGUUUGGAAUCGUUCGGCUGAUUGGAAUAUUUACUAUUGCCAGUGCAGACGUGGGUUUCGCUAUCUACGACAGGUACGCGGCUGAGCAAAUGGGCCCACCUGUCUCGUACGUGGCACACCUGACGGGGGCUCUGGCCGGACUCACCAUUGGUCUACUCGUGCUCAAGAACUUUGAGCAACGAUUGCAUGAACAGUUACUCUGGUGGGUUGCCCUGGGUGUCUAUGCUGCUUGCACCAUCUUCGCGAUCAUGUACAACCUCAUGCAUCCAGACUAUCCAUGACGUGAGGUCAGCUUCGCGUAUGGUGUACCUAGGAACACGUAACGCGAAGCUGCUCUACAGGAUCUUAUUUCCACGUCGUCAUUGAUUACCUCCGAGGUCUUGGAAAUUACUAAAGGCACGAGGAUGAUGCCAAAUAGCGAAAAAUGUGGAGAAAGGUGAUAUGAAGAGGCCAGGGAAUAACGUACCAAAGACACUAAUCCAAGGAGACAAGAAAAUCAAUUAAAGGAUGAAAAGAUUGUCGAGCGUGAAAAGCAAGUAAUGAUGAAGAAAAAAAGAGUUGUUGGAUAGUCUGCAGGCUGGACCAGUUGACUGACAAGCAUUUCUUUUCUAACAACGAUUCAGGUGAAAAACAUGUAUAGUGGGUUGAUCGAAAUAGAGUCUCAUUGCACCAGACGUCAGGAACAUCCUUGAGGAAAAAGAAGAAAAGACUUUUCUUGACUGGGAAGUGAAUAAAUCUACAAGAGCAAGAAGAAUAGCGAGGAACGUACGUAUGGUGCAGAGAUAAGAAUAUAUAUGUGUGAAUCGAAGGCCGAACCCAAUUCCUUUUCCAUUCGCUUCGAAUCUGUCGUUUACCUCGCUCGACUUAUUUUUCUAGAGUGCAUAUACAAGUUCGGACUGGAGGAGAAUCACUAAAGGCAAAGGAACUCUUAGAGGACAGGUGGUUUUGGUCCCUUGAAUAUACACCGCUCGAUAACACAAGACUGAAUAUCUUUUGAAUUAAUUUAAUUGGCAUGAAGGAAUGAUAUAUGAAAAAUUGUCAAGUAACAAUCGUUACUCAUCUACAUACGUUCUACUGCAUU